AUGUCCGAGUACACAACAGAACCAUCUAAAGUCCUUCACAUUCGUAACCUCCCAGAGGAAUGCAAUGAAGGAGACUUGAAAACCCUCGCCAGCCGCUUCGGCGAGGUUCGUCGGGUCUUCCACUUGUCCCGCAAGCACCAGGCCUUCGUUGAGUUCGUGAGUCUUGAAGACAGUGCGAGGAUGUUGGCAGAGUGCGAGAGCGUGCCGAUACGUGUUGGAACGCGCGUCAUCGUUGCACAGUACUCCAACAAGACUGAGCUAUCCCCGCCCACGCGGGAGUAUGAGGGUGAAGGCUUCGUGCGCGAGCGAAGUUGGAACGCAGUCCCUCCCAACAGCGAUGCAAGGAUCCUUCUUGUGACUGUGACGAACGUGGUGUACAAGGUGGACGUGGAUGUGAUGUAUCAGGUGUUCUCGAUGAUGGGAACGAUUGAGAAGAUUGUCAUCUUCAACAAGCAGGGCAAGACACAAGCUCUUGUACAGUUCGAGCGCCCUGCGGAUGCCCAGGCUGCCCUGGAUCGUUUCAACGGUCUCAACAUCUACAAUGGUUGCAACAAUCUGCAGAUUGGGUUCUCAAACCUCCUCGACAUCACCGUCAAGUACAACAACGAGCGAUCCUACGAUUUUACCAACCCUAACCUUCCAGCUGGAAACCCCAACGAAUCUCCAGCCGAUCGAUACGACAUGAGGCCAAUCGACGGACGCCCUCCAGCAUCUCAGAGCAACUGGAGUGCUGCUGCAAUUGAUGUUUCCCGAGGGAUCGACAGGAUGCGCCUUGGUGGUGAGCCAUUCCUGGACAUGCGAAUGGACCCAGGAGGGAGGAUGGAUCCUGGUAUGUUGGCCGACCCCAGGCUCGACCCAGCCUUUGGUAUGGACCCGCAGCGGGGCAUCGAUCCGCUGCGUAUCCCGGACACUCGUUCAUUUGGUCCCCUGGGCGCUGAUGUCCGGAGGAACCCUCUGUCCCCUGGCUGGGGUGGCGACAGCCCCAAUGGUGCUGGGUUUGGUACCAGGGGACUUGCGCCCGACACGAGGAUCCCAAUGCCGGCUAGAGGGGCUCCGGGGUUGGAUCCAAGGUCCAUGUAUCCCUAUGAUAUGGGACGUGAUCCCAUGAUGGGCAUGUACAAGAGUCCUGUGAUCCUUGUGAACAACCUUGAUCCUGAUAGAGUGACUAUCGACGCUCUCUUCAACUUGUUCAGCACCUGUGGAAUCAUCCAGAAAAUCAAGAUUUUGUACAACAAGCGUGACUCGGCACUGAUUCAAUUCGAGUCGCCUGAUCAUGCGGAGAACGCUCGUAUUACCCUGAACUCGUGCCCUCUCUGGGGACGCAACCUCGUCAUCUCGACCUCGAAGCACGACACGGUCCAGGCUAAUCGAUCUGACAUCGAAGAGGAGGGCGCGAAGCUCUUUGGAGACUACUCUACCUCGAACAUCCAGAGGUACCGUGGAGCGAAUGCAAGGAGCAUCCCUUCGAUCGAACCGAGCAAGCUGCUGCAUAUUUCCAACAUCCCUUUGCACGUCACUGAGGACGACCUCAAGGGCUUGUUUGCUGACUACGGGCCUGUCGCAAAGCUGAAAUUCAUCAGCGGUCGCUCAGAAACGCAGACUGUGGACCGCAAGAUGGCCCUGGUUGAGCUCCCUUCCAUCCAGGAUGCAGCGGAGGCACUCUGCUACACGCACGGGACGGUUUUGGACGGGAUGCGACUCAGGAUCUCGUUCAGUACCUCCAACUUGGACUCUCUCCGAUGA